ACUAACAUUGCAUAUGUAGCCCUCGUUGAUGCACGUUUUUGAAUGCCGGCACAAAACAAAAGUGAAGAUUAAUAAAGACAAAUAAUGUUCCUGAAUGCAAAUCUUUUCGAACCGGGCAAGUCAAAGUCCGAGCGCAGCUUCAUACAGAGUGCAGUAAAACAAAAUACGCGCUUCGAUGGCCGUAAAUCAAACGAAUUCCGUGAUGUAAAAUUAACCUUCGGUUCCGACUGGGGUACGGUGGCCGUGUCUAUGGGUGAUACAAAGGUACUGGCACAGGUCAGCUGUGACAUUGGCACACCGUCCAGUGCACGAGCCAACGAGGGUACACUGUAUCUGAACGUGGACAUCAAGGGUGUGGCAUUUCUUGAUGAAAUCCAGUCGACACACGAUCAACGCUUCUUAACACUCAACUCGUUGCUGGAACGCACAUUUAGGAGCUCUCGCUGCCUAGAUCUUGAGUCCCUGUGCAUCGCUGUCGAGCAGCAUGUAUGGUGCGUGCGCGUUGACAUAAAUGUGCUUAACCAUGAUGGAAAUUUAUAUGAUGCAAGUACGAUUGCCGCGCUUGCAGCACUCAUGCACUUUCGUCGACCGGAGGUCUCCUAUGCGGAAGGGGAAAUACACACGUUCAGCGAAAGGGAACGCGAAUUGAUGCCUCUGUUAUUUUUGCACUAUCCUGUGAGCGUAACAUAUUGCGUUUACAAGAGCAGUUCGCAUCCAUUGGUCGAUCCAACGCUGCUGGAAGAGAAUGCCGCAGAUUCGAUCAUUGUACUGAGCUUCAAUUCUUACCAAGAGCUAUGCACGCUGAACGCUGGCGGCACCGCACCAACAAACGUACGCACCAUCAUGCAAUGUGCACGCAGCGCAGCAAAUCGAUCGAAGGCCGUGGUGCAAUUCAUACGCAAGGCAUUGGAGCUGGAUGCGGAGCGUCGAUUGCAGCCCAACCGAGUGGCGGGCUUAGUGGAUCUCUUAAACGAUACUGCACCCAUGUUGAGUUUCAAGCAUUUAAUGGAGCAGGAAAUGCAGAUGGAAGUUGUACAGCAAUCUAGUUGUGAAGAACCCAUCCAGCCAAAGGAAACAGUUGCUCAUGAACAGUUGCAUAAGGUCACAGAAAUAGCUGAGACGCCAAUGGAUGAAAGCAGCUGGCUGCCGUCGGAGCAAAAUUUGCAGCAGGAGCAAUUGGUGGAAGAUGUACCACAAAGCUUAAAGGAGUCAACGCCAAUUACUGCCACAACGAGCAAGUCUAAGCCCAAUCGGGGCAAAAAUAAGGCUAGCAAAAAGCAACAGCUGACACAAAGGAAACAAGAUCAAAGCGAUUCGGAGGAGGAAGUUACACUAAUCCUUUGAUAAACGAGUAUUGCUCU